AUGGAGAAGUUGUGUCUUGCCCUAUAUUUUGCAGGGUGCAAGUUACGCCAUUACAUGCUUGCCUUUACCACGGUUGUGAUCGCUCAAUCCGACCUGGUCAAAUACAUGCUCUCUCGCCCUAUCUUGCGGGGACGCAUCGGCAAGUGGAUCCUAGCCAUGUCCGAAUUCUCGUUGCAAUAUGUUCCGCAAAAGGCAGUAAAAGGACAGGCAAUAGCAGACUUUCUCGCUCAUCACCCACCCUCAGAGCUCACGGCGUUUCGCGAAUUGGAAUUCGCUGCUGUGGCACUCGCUCCAUGGACCCUGUACUUUGCUGGUUCACGGACUGAUACCGCAGCCGGAGCUGGGAUAGCCAUAGCCAAUCCCACUAGAGAUCGCUUCUCCUACUCGUUCCAGCUCGAUUUCAAAUGUACCAACAACCAGGCUGAGUACGAGGCGCUGAUCAUCAGCCUAGAGAUUUUGUUGGAUUUAGGAGUCCGCGAGGUUCAGAUCUUUGGUGAUUCUUUGUUGGUCGUUAACCAGCUGGUGGAAAAGUUUAAGUGCUUAAGCUCAUCAAUUGAGCCAUACUUGCGCAAGGCAUUUGAGGUGUUGGAUCGAUUUGACGACGUUUACAUCGAGCACAUACCACGCAAGUUCAACUUUGCCGCCAACGAGCUCGCCCAAGUAGCGUCCGGUCUCAGCUUGCGCGACGGCGUGCGCGAACGUUUGCUCAAAGUCGAACGCCGUACGCUUCCCUCUUUCAUCGCUAGGGGGCAAUUUCAGGCCAACACCCCCGAAGUUGCGGCCUUGGACCCUAUCGACGAGGAUUGGCGGCUACCAUUUAUCGCCUACCUCCAGAACCCCAACGACGCCGCUCACUCCAGGCAAAUACGUUUCCUCGCCUUAAACUUUGUUUUACGCAAUGGCGAACUCCGGCAGCGUGGGGAAGACGGAAACGAUUUCCGUUGCGUAUAUGGGAACGAAGCUAAACGUAUCAUGCGCGAAGUCCAUUAUGGGGUUUGCGGUUCGCACCAGGCCGGGCCCAAAAUGCGAUGGUUGAUCCGUCGCCAUGGGUACUACUGGCCAACCAUUCUGAAAAACUGUAUCGCCUUCGCCAAAGGUUGCCAAGACUGCCAGGCUCACGGACCAGUGCAACAUAUUCCCAACAUCCCGUUGCAGCCUAUCAUUAAACCUUGGCCGGGUCGCGGUUGGGCAAUAGAUUUCGUUGGCAUUAUUCAUCCCCAUUCUUCUGAGCAGCAUAAGUUCAUUAUCGUCGCCACCGAUUUCUUUACCAAGUGGGUCGAGGCCGAACCACUCAAGGUUGCCUCCGCCAACUCGGUUCGCAACUUUAUUUUCCGCAAUAUCAUCUCCCGCUUUGGUAUCCCGGAGUGCAUCGUUACAGACAGGGGAGCAGCUUUCAUGGCUGAUUCAGUUGUUAAGUACUUAAACGACUACGGAAUCAAGCUUCUCCACUCUACGCCAUAUUAUGCACAGUCCAACGGCCAAGCGGAGGCUAGUAAUAAGGUCAUCCUUGGCAUCCUCCGCAAGAUGUUGGAGUUGAACCCGCGUGUCUAG